AUGGGAGAGGCAUGGGAUGAGGGAGAGGAAGGGGUGUUGAAGAAGAAAAAGAAGAAGGGUGCUCUUAAAUUGAGAAUUAAGAUUGGGAAUCCUUCACUGAGGAGGUUAAUUUGUGGGGCAAUUGCGGGUGCUGUCACAACAUUAUCGGUUGCUCAUCUGGAGACAAUAAGAACUCAUUUGAUUGUUGGGAAUUUUGGACAUUCGAUGGCUGAAGUGUUUCAUAAUAUCAUGAAGACUGAGGGAUGGACGGGCCGAUAUAGGGGUAAUCUGGUUAAUGUCAUUCGGUUUGCUCCUAGCAAGGCGAUAGAGGUAUCAGAGAAUCCCACUUUGUUUUAUGAACUUCUCACUGUUAUUUUGGUGCGGGUGUGCGUUACUGUGCAGGAUUUUGGUAGUCGGUUGAUUGCUUAA